UCAGCAGGAAUUAUGGUCUUAAGGUGGACAGAGCUUCCCAGCAUGCCGAGCUUCCUGCUGCAUUGCCCUCCAGUGAGACUGUGCAUGAGCCUCGCCUGUAUCCUCUCUCUCUGGAAUACAGCAUCUGGUCUCAAAGGAGAAGGCAAGAAAGAUAAGGGAAUGGCUCUCCUACCUACAACAGAGUCUGGAAACUUGGGUCUCAGGAAGGAGAAACAUGGAUCCUUCCUUUACACAGCAGAGUCUGUCUUCAAAAGAGAAGAGAAGCUGGUAAAGGGGGUACAGGUUCUUGCAACUACUGAACUCCCAGCAAGGUCAGUUGAUCUGUCUGCAUUCAACCUGACAGAGCUUGUGAAUGGGAUGCUCAGUAGAGCUUUAAAAGAUAGCAAGCAGUUCUUCUCCGUGCUUAGCAUUACUUCUUACAGCUCAUUUGCCUUUCACAAGGUUUCUGUGGCCAUCUACAACAUUUCUAACCCAAAGACGGUUGACCCAGCCAAAUUCCCUACCAGGUACUGCUACUGUUUGAACAAUAGAACCAAUGACUUAUCAGAUUUCACAGCUUUGCUGGUGGACAUCCUUGGGAAUUCUACUAGCUACCUCACUGAGAUUUUUAAGUCAACCUCCAUCCUCUCGGUGAGUCAAACCAAUGCAUCUGACUGUGUCUUCAUCUGUGUGAUGGCAGGGAAGUCAGGAAGGACUUUUUCUGACUUCUGGGAGAUGGUGGAGAAAUCCCCUGUUAUCAACUACACAUUUACCAGUGGUGUUUCCAAAGCUUUGGGUGCAACUACCGGUGGAAUAGUCGGGACUCCAAGGUUCACCACCCAAAGUCAGCAGUCACUUUCAAGGUCGUAUCCUGCACACUGGAGCACACAGUGGGUAUCUCAUCUGAAGACCUUCCCCUGGACAAAGACAAGUACUCCUUCAGAGAAAGAGGUGACAGAAAACAAAGAGAUGUUUCCAGAGCUGCCUGUUGGGACCAUAGCCACACAGAGCCGUGCCACUUACACAUGGAACAUGACCAGAACACCAUGGGUGACAAGCAGACGGACAUGGGAUCCUACAGAAUCAGUGUCUAUGUCCCAGACUACGAAUGAUAGCACAUCUAAAGGGCCACCCUGGGCAAAAAGGACAUUCUGGACAAGCCUUCCCUCCACAUCAGCCUCCCCUGCAGAUGCCCAGCAUCCCAGGAGCACAGGGAGCCCUUUGCAUCCUGCUGGGAUACUGACCACACCCAGCAAACUAGCACAGCCCAGCAGAGCCUCAGGAACACUCACCGCUGGAACACAGACUCCAAGUCCAACCAAGGCACCAGCCCCUAGAGACUCACAGACAGAUGCUGUCCCUGCAGAGUGGCCCUUCACCCCUGAGUCAGAGUCAGCCCUGGUCCCAGUAGCCCAUCAAGUUUCAAGGUGUCCUCAGCCACUCCUCAAAGACGGGGCCAUUAUAGAAGCUCCCCUGCCCCUGCCCAUGAAGAAACUCAACCCAUGCCUGAUGGAGCUCUGUCGCUUCUUCCAGCAAUGUCUCUGUGCCAGCCGAAAGAGAGAUCUCAGUUCAGAAGCCAUGAGGUAUUGCCUGGACUACUAUUCCUGGUUCCUGAGGAAUUCAACGCAGAUCUGUCGGAGAGUGAAGAGAGUGUCCCACUCUCACACCUUGAAGCAGAAAUGCCUUGAGAAUGUCUGCAAGUCCGUGUGA